AUGUCCUCUGGCGGAGUGAACCUACAUAUCACCAUUGGCGCCAUUCAAAUAGGAUCACUAUGUUCUAUGUUCUUGUUCGGCAUCGCGACUGUUCAAACGCAUACCUAUUAUCAAGGGUUCCCAGAUGAUAGAAGAUACUUCAAAGCGCUGGUUGGCAUCAUGUGGAUCCUGGAGCUGUUCCACACAUUUUGCGUGUCUGCUGAAGUCUACAGGACGACGAUAGUUCACUACGGCAACCCAGCGAGUCUCAUCAAUCUCCCGUGGAUGGCGAUCGCCAUCUUCGCGAGCGCGACUGUCACUUUCCUCACCCAUACCUUCUUCGCUUCCCGUGUGUGGAUAGUCCUUCCCCAUCCUUGGAGAUUUAUCGGGCCUGUGUGCAUGUUCUUGACCUUCGUCGCCUACAUUCUUUCGCUCGUCUCAGCAGUUGCCGGCGUUAUUGAGGCGAAUUUGAUCGUAUACGAGGAGAAGUGGGGGUGGACGGUGUACAUCGUUCUCAUCAGCGGGGUGGUACUGGACAUCGUCCUCUCGAGCUCGAUGGUAUUUUAUCUUUGGCUGCAGCGGGGCAGGGUGCUUGAUCGGUCUAUGCGCCUCAUUGACCGCGUGGUUCAGUAUACAAUCUGCACAGGAGUUCUCACUAGCGUCACGGCGCUGGGAUUUGUGAUUUCGUUUGGCGUCGAAAAUGGCUCCUUUAUCUGGGUAGCGUUUUUCACCUGCCACGCAAAACUGUACUCGAACAGUAUCCUUGCAACCCUCAACUCUCGAAUGAGCUUCCGCGCCCCUGGAACAUCAGUAUCAAGUCGCCAGCAAUCUAGCUCUCAUGCCGCCCACCGCAUGGGUGCCAUCGAGUCUUACAGAGGCUCGGAACGCCGCCCAGUCAAGGUGAAUGUCGAGAUGACAUCCAGCGUUCAUCGCGAAGAGGAUGUCAAGCCAGUAUCAGUUCCGUAA